ACCUGCGACAAGGUGAUGUGCCUGAGUGUCUUCAUGGUGACCGGAGUCAAAUACCCUGCUCUUACUCGUUCGACACGGGGGUUAGCGUGUCCGGCCAGCCGGCCCUGACGUUCUGAUUACUGUACGUAUGUGGAUCUGAGUCUGUUUGGCAGCAACACUCACACGAUGAAUCGAUGGUCAAGACCCAACUGUCAAGGGCUUAGCAAUGUUCGAUAAAAUUCAAACAGCCUAGGUACCGUAAUAAGACGAACUUCCAACAGGUGAAGUCAUGUAAGUAAAAUAAACUGGUAGGUCAGCGUAAUCAAAACGAUAUCAAUAAAACGAGAUUCUUUCAAGAGUCGAGCUGCAGGCGCCAAAAUGUGUUUUGUGGAAGAAAUGUUUCGCUCUGCUCCUUGGUGCCGGGACAAGACAGCACUGAGAGAAGGCGACGCCGUCUGUCAUUAUGGGGCCUGCGCCACGGACAGGUGAGACAUUGGGAAUCUGGAGAGAACAACAGACUAUAUACUCUCUUUCUCUCCACUUAUGUCAGCCUCCAGCCCACCAUUAGUGUUUCUGUGCACAAAAUCACCCUGAAGUCGCCCAGCAUGGUGGAGGCUUCUCGUGGCUAAAACCAACCCUCAUCCCAGACGAAAAACGAUGUAAGGUGCGGGGCUACGGGGACCAGACAAUUAGCUGUCUUCCUCACAACCUCACUGAACUGUCUGCCCCUGAUCUGCCUCACGACCUCACUCACCUGCAGUGCAUGUCCGAGGUUUGUCUAAUGACGUCAUUCAGUGCGCGAGAGGCUGAAGGUAAGCCAGACCUGUCACGUGAUACAAUGAGACCGGGCAGACUGUUGGUGACGUCAGCACGCUACAGCAUGCCGGAAGUGAUGGGGCACGCGGUCAUGUCGGCGGGCCUGACGCUUGACGCAAUUGCCUGCAAAGAAGAGGACGCCGUGGUUGUCGACUACAUCCUGAAAGCAUCUAGCUCCAACAGUGAGACCCACUACCCUCCAGAUGUCAAGGCAGGGUUUGACGAGUUGUGUCCAGUAUGUGGGGACAAAGUUUCAGGCUAUCACUAUGGACUACUCACCUGUGAAAGUUGUAAAGGUUUCUUCAAGAGAACAGUACAGAACAAGAAGGUCUAUUCAUGUGUGGACAAUCGAAGUUGUCAUAUUGACAAAAGCCAAAGGAAACGCUGCCCAUACUGUCGAUUCCAGAAAUGUCUUAAUGUUGGUAUGAAAUUAGAAGCUGUGAGGCAGGACAGGAUGCGAGGUGGACGGAACAAGUUUGGGCCUAUGUACAAGCGAGAUCGUGCCUUGAAACAGCAACAAUUGCGCCAGCAGCAGCACAUGUUGGCAGAAUGUGAGAUGAACAUUAGUGGUGGGGCACCGGCUUCCCCCAUUGACAUAAAACCAGAUCCAGCUUUGCUGCAGGCCAGCAUCAGCAUGCCUUAUAAUUCUACUGCUGUUGCUCCCGGUGUUGGACCUUCUGCCGCAGAUAUUUCUUCGGUAGCAGCUGCUGUGGCUGCAGCUGUGGCAGUUGCAUCAGUAGGGAAUGGAAGCCAGACUGCAGCCACAGGUAAUGGGUAUUCAUCUUUAAGUCAUGGAACAUCAGCAGGUGGCCGUGGAUCACAAGGUGCAAGCAGCAAUGGAAGCAGUCCUCUUCAUGCAGAGAACACCAGGGCUGCCAUCUCUCAUACUCUUCAUCAUUCUCAUCACCAGCAUCACACCAGCAACAGUCUCCACCAAAGCAGCAACCACAAUGGUAAUAGUCAUCUUCACCACCAGCAGCAGUUGACAGAGGCUCCAUACAUCCUCCAACAGCCCCAUCACCCACCCUCUAGCACGAAUCCUAAUUUCAUUGGCCAAAGUUUGAGUUUAAAUGGCAGCUCUACCAACACUUUAAUAGGAAAUGUCAUGGACAAUUUACAAGGCUAUGGGAUACCUCCACCAUCUGUCCCAGCCUCUGUACCCCAACUGAUGAGAGAAUUAAAGGCUAAUUUAAUGGAGGAGGAGGAUGUCAAACAGAAAAUGCUGAAUUUUCUAAGAGACUCAUUGCGACAAUUGGACACAGUUAUCCAUCCAGAGCAGUUGCUGCCAAUCAUUUGCCGCAUGGUUGACCAGCUCCUUUUCUUGAUGGUGGAGUGGGCACGCAGUUCCCCAUUCUUUAAAGAGAUAAAGGUAGAGGACCAAAUGAAACUUCUUCAGCAUAGUUGGAGUGAGAUCCUUAUCCUUGAUUUUGUCUAUCGUCAAGUGCAAGAGUUCUGGGGCACCGAGCUUGUUCUGCCAAACAGUCCAAGGCUGAAUUUUGAAGUGCUGGAUAAACUGGGCUUGACUGACGUCCGAGGUCGUUUGUGUGAGCUGAUAAAGAAGAGCCGGGAAUUAAAACUGGACAAAAAUGAAUAUAUGUGCCUUAAAUUCCUUAUCUUGCUUAAUCCAGAUGUGUCAGGACUGGAGAAUAGACAGUAUGUGGAGCAGAGCCAAGAAAAGGUGAAUGCUGCUCUUCUGGAAUACUGUCUAAGCUUUUAUCCUGAGAUAAAGGACAAGUUCAGCCAAAUCCUGCUUCGAUUGCCCGAGAUACGCCUAAUAAGCAUUCGCAUGGAGGAGUUUUUAUAUUUUAAACAUCUUAAUAAUCAAGUUCCAGAUCAAACACUUCUGACAGAAAUGUUGCAUUCAAAACGAAAAUAAUGUUUUUCUUAAAGAAAGGCAUGUGAGCAGGAAUAAUAUAACUUGUUCCGAUGGACACAGGUGUGUGUUCAUCUUACCUUAUCGUCGGUGGUAUGUUUUAAGAUAGUGGAAUAAUGAAAGAAUUGUAUCAUUAAUUUCACAAUUUGUGGAAUUAAAUAUUAAAAAAGGGGAAACAGAAGAGCUUUUCAAGACUGACAUAAAAUUGUUUACUCUUUGUGUGUGUAAAACACACCAUACUUACAUUUUGUGCAAGUUGUACAUUUGUCACUCAUAUCCCCUCCUGCCUCUCUCACCAUGUGGCCUGAUCAUUAGAAAGUUUCAUUUUUUUUUCCAUUUAAUAAAAUUAUCUGCCAAAUACAAAGUUUGUGAAAAUCAUAAAACAGGUUUUUGUUUCUGAGAGUCUGCACUGAUAACAACGUGAAAGGCUAAUGAGAAUUUAGCAUUGAUAUACUGACAUUUUAGUAUAAAGAUGCAUGAAAUUAUGCAUUGUUAGUCUGCAUUAAUUUUUUUUCACCUUUAAAGGUUCAUGUUCCUGAAACUAAUGGCUUAAAAGUUAGUCAUUCAGCAUCUGAUUUUUUUUUUAAAUCGCCAAAGACCUUGUUUCAGUCAGUUGUGUCUGGAUUGGUACAUAGUGAUUGUGAACUUUAAAGACUUGCUGGGGACUCUGCUCAGAGUUGAGGUGCAGAUGGGUGGCUAGUGAGGUUUGAAUUUGUGCUUUGAGCUGUGUUAUUCUGCGAUAUCAGUCACUAGUACCUGAUGUGCAUCCAAGUGUACCAUGGUGCCUGCUGGACAACUUCUCAUGGGCUUGGGUCCAGGUGUAUGUGCUCUUUUGUAUAGAAGCUGUGCAGACACUGGCCAUUCACUUGCAGGGAUGUCUGCUCACACAUGCCUUUUUGUCCUGUGAAUACAGUUUUGCAGACAUGCAUCCAGACUUGUUAAUAUAAAUUAUAUUGUGUUACAAGUGGAAUCUAUACAAGCUUGAAAACUUGCUUAUUUGUCAAUGGAUUUUUGUAUUAUUUGCACUACUUGAUAGUGAUGUAAAUAUUUCUUUUGUAAUGGAUAUUGUGAAUAGAUUUAUUUUAAAGAUAAGCCAUGCUCGAGCAGGACCUGUUGGUAUUCUAUAGCCUUGUGAUGAUAUUUCAUUCAAGGAUUGCAACAGAAAGAUGAAUACACUUCUAAAAAAUUCCCAAUACCUGCUAACUACCAGUCCUUCACCAGGAAUCCCCUAUUCAAGAUAACCUUUUCCUGCUCUGUCCUUUAUGAUUAUUGCUGGGGGUUUAAAUAUAGGAUGGAUUCCUGCACGUGCACUUUUGCACCUAAACUUUGGUGAUCUCUAUGAAAAUGUGAUGUAUAUAUAAUCAAUGUCUAGUGUCAGUGAUUGUUCAUUCUAGUGACUGAUCUGGGUAUUGUUUGUUUUCUUUAUUCUCUUCCACUCUUUUUCAAAGUUGGCUAGAGCUUGGCCUAAAAGAGGGGGGGGGGGAGAUUCUCUUGACUUCCUUUUUUCUUUCAUUUUGUUUAUAUGAACCUGGUUUUUAAUUAAGGCUUGUCUUGUGUUUAAUUUUUUAAGAACUAGGGGUUCAAGAUAAAAUAAUCUAAUAAAAUGAUUCAGUGGCUUAAAAUCUUAUUCUAAAACAAGAGGUAGUGGAAGGCAAAACAUUUUUAAUGUUGCGAUAAUAGCCAGGCUGAUGGAAAAAUAAAGACAUGUUCUGUGUAACAAAUAUGACACCAUACAGUCUUUGUUUACUUUUACAUUAAAUCGUUAUUGAAAUUAUUUCGUGAUUUCUGUAGCAAAACAACAUGCCUUUAUAGCAUUUGUCUUCGUUCAGCAUGAAUCCAUAUUCAAAUAUUUCCUAUGCAGAAUUCACGAUUAACAAUGAAAUCAGAAUCACAAUUUUGCAUCCAAUGGAUAAAAUCUUAUUUAGAGGUGAACUAAUUUUGAGAAUUUAAGUGAAUAAUUAUUUAGUCGCUUAGGAAGACUAUUAAUACAUCAGUAACUUAACUUGAAGUCGCACAUCUCAAAAGAUCGCACUGAACAAGCAGUUUGCAUUAAUACGGUAAAUAUGCACUAUAGCAUUUUUGUAAAAAUGUUACAAGAAAUGUCAGUUGUCAGAUAUUUGUUUUAAAAAUGCAGAUUAUUAUAGAAAAUAUUUAACACCGCACCAUUAUUUCAUGAUUUUAAGUGAAUGUGUUCUGGUCACAGCAGUGAUGCUAAACAAUAAAACAAAAUAUGUUAAUUUUGACAAGAAAAUUUGCAUAAAAUGAGGUGCACGUUCCGAAAGAAGAAAAUACAGGAGUCAUUGCACAGUUUUAAUGCUAGAAUAUUUGUUUUAUAAUCAAGAAUAUUGUUUAUUUCUGAAAUAACAGUGCUAGAAUAGGAGAAAAUGAAGACUAUGCCAUGAACAAAACCAUUUUGCAUCCCGCUUUUCAACACCAACCACACACCCAUAGCUUCUUCCCCUUAAAGGUACUUUUUUAAUAGCUAAGAGCACAGCUAUGUUUCAGCCAUUAAGCUUUUAAAUUUGAUCAGGGGGGGAUUGUUUGCUGUAAUCCUCUCCCAAAGCCAGAGCUUAUAACAUGGCUCUUUAUCACAUGUUAGACCUGUCAUUGGACAUAUGGGAUAUUACUGUGGGUAGAAGUACCAGGUUGUAAUACCACUAGUUAGUCUGGAACUGCUUAUUCAUCCAGGGAGAACAAGUCUUAUUUCACAUCUAACCUUCAUCUCUGGAAGCUAUUCUCCUAUCUGCCACCUGGAGACAUGCUGAGUUUAGGGUGGUUGAACCACUACUGGAUAGCUGUGGAUAGCAUAGUCCUAGACGAAUUAAGAUUCACUAUUACCAAAGUAGUGGGCAGGCCAAAAGUUUUCAGCGCCCAGUUGAAUGAAGUUGUGUUAGCUAUACACAUCACACUACAGGAGUUAUAAGUGUGACAGUUUUUUAUUUCUAUCUUCAAUCUCUCAAUGGGUUUUAAAAAUCAGAAACUUUUUUGUUUUUCAUAAAAAUGAUUCACAUUUUCUUUCUUGGUUUCUUGACUCAGUAGCUUACAAAAAAGGAAUUGUGUACAGAAAAUAUUGGAAAAUGAACUCACUUAUCUGCAAAGAAGAAUCCAGCAUGUUUACAGGCACAUACAUUUGCGCUCAUACACCACUGGUGAGCACAAUUUUUGCUCAUUGAGCAUAAAGAUUUAGACACCAUUAUCAAUCCAGUAGGGCAGCGGUUCUCAGCCGUUUACUUGUGACGACCCUCUUACGAACAAAGGUACGUCCACGCGCCCCCCUUAGCCAGCAAUGUAAGUUAAUUUCACUAAUACCGGUAUAAGAAACUUUUAAAAAAUGACCACCUUCACUCUCAACUUGUAAGCACGUUGCGCGCCCCACCGUUUGAGAACCGCGGCUGUAAGGAAAUCAUAUAACUCAACAAAUUAAGUUAUGCAGAAUAUGACUAAAACUUUCGUUGGUCAUCACAACACAUUCAGUCUUGCUGUUGUUACUGAGAGGUGUUAGUGCUAUGCUGCUGAAUUUUGUGCAGAUUAAAGAAAACUGUUACUUUUUAGCUUGUUUUAUCAUUACUCCAGUGGACAGUUAAAACUUACAUCUCUCUACCUCUCCACUAACAAGAAAAGAUGUGUUAAACUGAAUACAAGCUUUUGCCUUAUCAUUUGUUGAUGUUUACAAAGUGUAAAAAUCUCUUUAUUUUAAAGACAGUGUUUUGCCUGCUGAUUGUUGAGAGAUCUUUAACAUUUUCAUCCUUGUGUUUAGGAAAAGCUUUCUCUUGAUACUCACAGUUUGAAAAAAUUAGAAAGUUUUUAUAUAGAAUAGGUAGGGGAAGAAACAGUGAAAAUUAACUAGUUUCACAGUUUUAUUGUUGAAAAAUAGUCUCUUGCAUGCUGAACAUAUCUGUUUGCUAAAGACUACGUUUUUGUAAAUGGUGAACACUGAGUUCAGAAUGUCAAUUUUUGGUGCUCAAGAUAAAUGGUGGUGUAUUUUCUGUCACCUGCUGUUGAGUGCAGUUGAAGUAGACUGGCAUGUGCUUCAUAGGUAUGAGGGUAGGUGAGGUGUGAAGGGAGUAAAAUAGCUUCUCAGUAGUUUUUGGUGUUCACAUCAGUGUAAUAACUCACAAGCUUGUAAUUCUAAUUGUGCAUUAUUCACAUCUGUAUUGCAGAACCCUUGACAGGUUGAUUUUAUUUAGUCAUUCACAUUCUAAGGUAGAAUGAAAUUGAUCUACAGAAAACAGAAAUGUGCAUGCAAGAUGGCCUAUCAGCCUUCUUGACAUGCAGGUUUUUUAUAGGGCUGAUAAUUACUAGAAAAAAUAAGGUGCUACUGUGGCUUAACAGCAGUUUUGUCUAAAUAAAUGAUGGGAAAAUAAACUUUUCUGCUAUUAACCCUUGAGUGUUACUUGGGCUCAGAACUUUGUAUAAAAAGUGUUAACACUGAGCAUUUCUCAGGCUUUGAAUUUUAUGUAGGAAAUCCAGACCCCAGACACUUUGUUAAGUCUGAGUAUCAUUUUAACAUACAUUUCAUGAUCAAGUAAUGUUUAGGGUUUAACGUUAAGGAGGUAAACGGGAAAAAAAAACAAUGAAAAUUUUUUGCAUCUGUUAGUAGUAUUGAGCCAGUAUUAUACAUUGUUCUAACCACAUCAAUUUACUUGUAAGCAGUGCAUUAUUUCAUUUGACAUUAACGGAAGCUAUAUUUCUAGUUUAGACUGAUCUUCUGAUGUCAUAGUCUUAAAAUAUAUUACCUUAUUUGGUUAACAUCUUGGCUUUAGCUAAAAGUUCAUCAGCAUGACAUAAAGCUUCUAAGAGGUUAAUUUGGUACACUAAAAUUGGCUUGUUUUUUUCUUUAAUUACAAAUGUGAGAAGAUGUUAAUGUGUGGUUGGAUAUGGAUAUAUAUGUAUAUUGCAGUCUUUAUAUUUGUAUGUUGAAAUUGUGUGAAUGGAAGGAAUUUUGCGCCUGUGGUUUCUUUCCAUUAUUUCAGGAACUUCAAAGAUUUUUCUAAAAUUAUUUUUUAUGACCACCUUUUACAAACCCAGACUAUGAAUGUUAAAAAAAAAAUCACUGACCCUCCAGGUACUAGUACUAGCUGCUUUGAAAAGGAUACCUAAGAUGAUAAAUCAUUUUUUGAAAAAAAUGAAGACAUAUUUUCCACUGUGGGACAGUUUUACACUUUUUUUUAAGGUUUCUAGAAAGAAAACCCCUAAGUAUCUGACCCAGAAUACAGGUAAUAUUCUUGAAAAUGAUUAUACUUUGCUGCUUUCACAUGGCAUUUUAUAAUCAAAAUUACUGUCCUGCACUAAAAAUAUUCUGAUUAUGUUCAUUACUGUUGUUUUUAUAUGGAGAAGGAUUUUACCCUACUGUGUUACACCUGAUUUAGGCAUCUGUCUGCUCAUUUCACAGAAUGCUCACAUUAAAGAAUGUGGAUUGCAUUUAUUGCUGAUCAGUAUAGUUUGAUUUCAUUGGGAUCUUGUGGACAUUGAAUGUAGCUUUAUGCUGAAAUUAAGAGCUUUGAACACUUCAUUAAACAUUAGCUAAAUAUAAACUGUACAGCUUAGCUAGAUUGCUAUCAGGGAGGAUUGUUGUGGUUCAACUGGCUGCACAUGUGCAUUGUUUAGUGCAUCAGAAUGCAUCAAGGCCCAAAGAAAAAAAUAUAUGAAAAUUCAUUUAAUUUCAGACAUACAGAGUGAAAAAUUCCUUUUCUCCAAUUCCUUCACUGUUAAGGAUUCAUUUUCCUAAACAUCAUAAAUUUGCCAGAAAAAAAGAGUGUACUAGAUUGAUAAAUUGUAGAAUCUGGUGUUCUAAUUAAUUUUUUAUCAAAAUAAUGGAUUAGGUGUCAGCAGGUGUCAGGGAAGGCAUUUGGCUCCACAUGCAUGUCAUUCUCUCCCUCUUCUCUUCAUUUUGAGGAAAACUCUUUAAUCAGGCAGUAUGUCAACCAUGCCUGUGUGUGUGUGUGUGCACGCCUAUUAAGUUGUUUGAAUGUGACCAUGUAAAACUUAACUACACAUCAGCUCACAUUGAAAUGGAUUCUUUCACAAAUAACAGUUGGAGAUUCGCUUAUACCUUACACUGAUCUUAGAUUCAUAUCAGAAGUGUAUUUCAACAAGUCUAAAGCAUGUGAUCUGUUCCAUGCAUAUCAAAACUUGAUAUGUGUGUAUGUGUGUAUAUAUAUCAAUCAUCAUGUCUGAUUGGCUUGAGUUUUGUUCACUUAAGAUAGUUUGGCAUUCUAGCCUUAUGGAUUCCAUGUGAGGCUGUUGUAAAGUGUGCAGGUAGCUAUGAUUGACAAUGUGAACAGAAAUGUUUUAACUGUUAAAGCAGCUACCCCAAUGGAGUCAAUCUAUUUCACAAAAUAAAACAUGCUGUGGAAUUUAUCAAAUGAUGAUGUGCCUAGGAAUACACUUUUAUUAGAAUAAAAUGAUUAUGUCUGUUAA